GCCUCGGUAUCCCGCAGACCGCAGUCAUGCCAUACAGACUUGCCGGCGAAUCACGAAUCUCGUCCCAAGUUCAGUACUCGCAUAGCCUUCUUCCCACCGAGCAGCCCCUCACGAACCCUAGCUUGCUAAACCCUACUCCUUCCCUUCCCCGAUGGAUCCGCAGCAACCGGAGCCUGUCAGCUAUCUGUGCGGAGAUUGCGGAGCUGAGAACACACUCAAGACAGGGGAUGUGAUCCAGUGCCGUGAAUGUGGUUACCGCAUCCUGUACAAGAAGCGCACCCGUCGGAUUGUUCAAUAUGAAGCUCGCUGAAGACAAGGAACAAAUAUCAUUCACUGUUAAGUGUGUGCCCUGAGACAAAGCUACUACAAUGGAGAAAUGUAUUAGGCAGUACUCGCUCCUAGGUAGUAAUCUUUCCAUUGGACUUUGGCUUGAAGUGGUAAAAACUUGUCAAACGUGUAUUGAGAUUUUAGACAUUUGAGGAUUGAGAUUAUGCAUCUUUUAGCUGGAUUUUAAAACAUGGUUAUUAUUGCUGUCGCCAGGAAUGAAGUGCCCUGUUGGUUGCACGCAGGCUCUGGCUGUUA